CGUCACGGUUUCACAGUGGGAUUUCUGCGAAAGAGGUGACGUACGCAGGCUGGGAAGGAGCGCGCGCUGGACCGCGCCUCUUCAGCUCUCGCGCUGUGAGCAUCACACAGAUCAGACCGCGAUGGAACCGGAGACAAGAGAGGAACCGGAGGCGCGGGACGACCUGGAGGCUGAAGAUGAGCAAGGCUGCACGGUGUAUGGUCUCUACGACCAGGAUUUAACGCACAAGACAAUCCUGGUGGGAGACAGUGGUGUGGGGAAAACAUCCCUGCUGGUGCAGUUUGAUCAGGGAAAGUUCAUCCCAGGCUCUUUCUCUGCAACUGUGGGCAUCGGCUUUACGAAUAAAGUCGUCACUGUCGGAGAGGUGAAAGUUAAAUUACAGAUUUGGGACACAGCAGGACAGGAGAGAUUUCGCAGCGUCACUCAUGCUUACUACAGAGAUGCCCACGCUCUCCUCCUGCUGUAUGACAUCACCAACAAGUCAUCAUUUGACAACAUCAGGGCAUGGCUUACAGAGAUCCAUGAGUAUGCACAGAGUGAUGCAGUCAUCAUGCUGCUAGGCAACAAGGCUGAUAUGAACAGUGGGAGAGUCAUCAAACGGGAGGAUGGAGAGAGACUGGCCAGGGAAUAUGGUGUCGUAUUUAUGGAGACGAGUGCUAAAACUGGUGUCAACGUAGAUUUGGCCUUCAUGACUGCAGCAAAGGAGUUGAUUGGCCGGUGUCUUGAGCUGCCUAAAGAGCCGAAGUUCCAAAUCAAUGAUAUCAUCGAGCAGAAUCCACAGAAAUCAGGCUGCUGUGGCUUCACAUAGGACCUUACGAGACACAGCAACAGAUGAGAGAAGAUAUAGGAAUGAGAAGCAUUGAGAAAGAAUAAGGAGAAUGAUCAGAGAUGUUUCAGGCCAAAUGCAGUCCUUAAAACUUAAGUGAAGCCCAUGACGUAAAUCAUAAAUGAAGGAAUGUGAUUGUCCUGAGCAGAUCUAAACCACUCCAGUCCUAGAGAGCAGGUUCAGUUUGGUCAUUUUUUCCUCGCUGGAACACUACUAUGCAGUAGUUUGCUAUGCUUCCCCAGAACAUUGUAGUCCAUUGAGGGACUUUAACCCAAGAAGUAUAGCUCAGGAUCUUUUUUUUUCUUCAGGAAUUGUAUCCCAGGAGAUUUAGCCCAGAAACUUCCAAAAACCUUUAGUCUAAGAGCUUUAACCAAGGACAUUUAGACCAAAGAGUUCAUAUCAGGAACUUAAUCCUAGGAAAUGUAUAUAAUAGGAACUUUAACUUAAUAACUUUACCCCAGAAAAUUUAUCACAGGACAUUCAGCUCAUAAAGUUUUAUCCUAGAAACUUUAGAUCAGAAACUUUCAGCAUAGGAACUUUAGACCAGAAACUUUUAUCCUAGGAACUUUAGAUCAGAAACUUUUAGCCUAGGAACUAUAGAUCAGAAACUUUAGCCCACAAACAUUAGUCCAGAAAAUCUGGCCCUCACAUGGUGUAAUAAACAGUUCCUGAAACAUUUCCAUUACAGUGCAUCUGUUGCUAAUAUUAAAACCACAAUCACAGAAGCAAUGUGUGAUAUUUAGGAAAUGAUACUGAAAACUUUAAUACAGACUUCAAAUCUAUCACCUCAAAUCUAGCACUGCUAAUCAGGAUUUAGAGAAAGCAUUGUGUAAGCUGAUUUUGAUUCUACAAAGUUUUCGGGAAACUAGGCUUAAAUUUUAUGGCCCUCCAGGACUGGACACCAAAGCUUUGUGGACAGAACUCUGUAAGCUAAUAGGAGUUUUAGUUAUUCAAAUGAAAAUGAAUGAAAUGAAAAUGAAAACACUCCCUGUUUAUGCAAGCCCUGUUAACUGUGCCGCUGCACAUCCUGUGUGAAACCACCAGAGGGAGCAACAGUACAAGCAGUUUGAGAAAGUGUAUUGAAUGGAAGCCAUAGACAGUCAGGUACAAGCUGAGUCCAUUACCAACAGCUGUUUAUAUUUCAUCAUGAAUGAGAAACUAAAACCAGUGUGUUAUAUUGGGAGAAUCUUGUUUUAGAAUUGUUUUUUUUUAUUAUUUAUUGUUCUUUCUGAGUGAGAUCAUUAGGGACGGUAAAGUAUGUAAGACAUGGAGGACCGUACUAAUUGACUUAAUAUCAGGUGUUACUUUGUAAAGAAUUAUUUUAAACUAUUAAAAUAGCUUAUGUAGAGUAAUAAAUUAUUUAGUAUUGUAAGGCCCUCAAAUCUACUAAAUAUGGGCUCAAAACAUCUCUAGCGGCUUAGGGGUUAGCACUGUUGCCUCACACCUCCGGGGUUGGCAGUUCGAAUCCCGCCUCCGCCCUGUGUGUGUUCAGUUAGCAUGUUUCCUCUGUUUACUCUUGUUUUCUCCCCAGACCAAAGACAUGCAUUGUAGGCUGAUUGGCAUUUCCAAAUUGUCUGUAAUGUGUGAUGGGUUUGUAAAUGUGUGUGAUUGUGCCCUGCAAUGGGUUGGCACCCCAUCCAGUGUGUCCCGCCACCUUGUGCCCCGAGUUCCCUGGGAUAGGCCCCAGAUCCCCUGCGAACUUGUGUAGGAUAAGCGGUAUGGAAGAUGGAUGGAUGAAAGCUGGAACUGUCCCAAUGGCCUUUGGCCUGUUGUUCCCAAUGAUGAAGGCAUGGCCUCUUUUCCUGUCAGUAUCAAUUUAGAACGCUUGGUCACUUUGCUUGUCAGUGUAGGUGAAGGAGACGUGGUCUCCUACCUGAAAUUAUUUCAUAUUUAAUAUUAGUUUUUCAUUGUUUUGAUGCCUUUUAUUCAUGCACGUUGGUAGUGGACUCAGACUUUUGGAACUUACUGUUUAAGCUAGAUCGAUUUUAGAGAAGACUAACAUGUGGAGCAUAUCUCUGACUUCAUUUCUUCAAGUAUUAUUACUGAAGUAACUAUACUAACACGACUAUAAUGUCUGUCUUAUAUCAGGUUUUAAACCCUAAAUUAAAAAAAAAUAAUAAUAAUUGUUAUUCAGGGACACAUUUAUAGGGCAGAAGGAUAACCAGUCACAGUGUGCCAAUUUUGUUUCAUUAUUAUUUUUUCCUUAAUCUAAAAGAACACUGCACUAUUUAUCCUUAUAUGCUGCAGAACAGGUUACAGUAUGACGUUUUGAGUAUGUUUCUGAACUCUGAAGUGAAUGAAUUUUGUGUCUCAGGGUCUUUUAAGUUAAUUGUUGCUCAAAUGCAUGUUUGAUCUGCAUGAUGCGAGAGCACACAAAGGUUGUUGUUUUUUUUUUUCUUUCCCCGAAGUGUUUGAAUUAAAAGCUUGAUUUUAAAAACUGUGACACUCAGAUUUGAAAAAAAGCUGUAAGUACAUGUUUUAUGUCUGAAUUUAAAAUAUGGUUUGAACCUUUAUUUGUUUACUUGCCUUUAUUUAUGUACCAUCCUUUUAUUCUUGCUUGAUUUUUUGUUUCACUUCCUGUAAACCAAAACUAUCGACCAGUGACAUACAACUAUAGUUUCAGCUCUGAAGUGCAUCUUCAAACCUCAGACCCACACAAGGCUUAAUAAUUAGCUGAUUUCGGUGAAUCAGCUGGGUGUGGUGGGAAAAAUCCACAAACAUUGGACCUAGGACCACUGGCUAAUGCUUUAAUCUAUCACCAAUACUCAUCCAUUAGUCAUUAUCAUUAUCACUUUAUUAACACGAUCUGAUUGACUAUGUUUGGAUCAAGUGGAAUAUUGUGUACGUGUCAUUUUAGGAUAAACUCAUUUUAACUUAAUAAAGUUCAUAACCACUG